AUGGCUUCACUUGAAGUUUCAGACGGCUGCCGGUAUAGGGGGUACAUGAUGACACCACUCGCUCGGGUCGCAGAUUCUAAUUCUGAUUACAUAGCUUCUGAAAACCACCAGACGCAUUCCUCAAGGAACUUCAAGAAACAGGGUCAGAUAUUGGGGGGUGUUCUACCGGGCGACCAGAGCCCAUUUGGCCGCAAGACUACACUUACAGGGAAUAACCGCAUAUUCAUCGAUCUCACUCGGAACUCCGAACAUGAUUCUGAUGUUCCAGGAGAGGAAACUCACGAAGAUUCAACUUCUAUAGUACAUGGUGCUCAAGGAUAUCAUCGUUUGCCCUUGGCAGACAUUACUCAUCAUACAGUAUCAAUCAAUUUAGUGAUCUUGCCAACUUACGAAGAUUCAAUUGUAUCAUUUCCUUCAGUCUCGUCAUUUAGAGUCUUUGAAGACCUGUGUGAGGCGCAGUUGUGGGAGGCAAGAGGCAGAGAUUCGGGAACUACACUGAAUGUUAGCACGCUGCACGUCAGCAAUUUUGCAGGUAAAUUCACAAGUGUCGAUGCAAUCGAUUCGAGUCAAGAUCCGGAAGACGAAACAAGUGAGCAGUCAUCACUUUCUUCGGAAAGCAUUCAGUCAAGCCCGUUGGAAAGUUUCCAAGAUCGGUCAUUGACAUCUUACAAUAUUACCAGUUCUUGCAAUGCUAGUUCUGUCACGGCUGUCUUGCAUCUGGCUGAUAAAUCAGAUCAAAAUUCACCAGGCAACAAGCUGGAAUGUCGAGAAAGAAAGCGCAUUAUUGUGUCGUCGAUUCGCAGGCCUCCCCAUGUUAAAAAGUCCAUGCAGAUAUGGUUAGAAUCAAUCAAUCGUCUGCUCGAUCCAUUCAGGGAAGACAGCGACUGCUGGUUUCACCCCGCGCCACCGCCGCCCCGCAUAACUCCCAUCGGUACAUGGCGUGCUUGCGGCAAUAUACAGAAAGCUUUCAGCUGGCAAGAUCACAAUGGUAAACACAGUCUUGUCUUAAACUUUGGUAUAGUUUCCAAAAUUCUCUUUCACACAAUGACAAAACGACAGAAAGAUGGAUUCGUCAAUAGAAAGUGGCACCUCAGCCAUCUUUGUGGGAAUUGGACAUGUUUGAAUCCUAACCAUACCACUGUUGAACCUGGAAAUGUUAACAUUAGCCGAAACAGUUGCUUUUCCCAUAGAGGCGGCUGCUCACAUGAGCCAAAAUGUAUGAAGGAGAAAAAAGCCAAUCUGAGUGCCAAAGGUAUUCCCAUUUAUCAUGAUGAAGAGAUCAUGAAAGGUGGCGACGCCAAUUCUAGUAGUGGAGAAGUUCAAGGCUGGUCCAUACAAAGUUUUGAUUUUGACCACAAUUCAUUUGAGCACGAAAGAUUGCUUAAGAGGAGCAGGAGCAAGACAGCAUCAAAAGCCAAAGACAAAAGGAUACAGGAUUUAUACAAAUCUUUAGGAUUUUACCCUGUUGCUGGCUCGGAGUUAAAGAAUAAGAUUAACGUCUCCGUAAAAUCUUUUCACAUUUCACCAUUAAAAUUCAAGUCGAAGGAGCACCCGGAGGCGCAAAAAUUGGCAGAAUCAUUUUGCGCAGACAAGGAAACAGCUCAGUUUCUAUGGCCAGAGGUUGGAGCUGGCAAUCAUCGCAGACUUAAGUGGGGAAAUGAUGAGAUAAAAAUUUUGAAGUUACUUACCCACAUUUUCGCAUUGAAGAUGCAUUACUCUUUCAAGAAUCUUCGGCGAAAGGAAGCACCACAAAACAGUCUGGGGAGUGAACGAGACCUAGAUUCCGACGACGAACUCUUGAUCACCCCGGGACAUCAAGAUCUACCAACACGAACUCAACACCCAAAGACAGGUCAAGAAUGUUCAAAGGCUGACGCAAUACUUAAUCCUAUUGCGGAAUCUUCAGCAAUGAGAUCGAGUAGGCGAACCAUUGACGGUAGUAAAUUGAGAGAACUAAAUUAUGUCAAAAGGAAUAGUAGCCAUCAGGAAAAAUGCACCGCUCACAUCCGGUACAUAAAGCCAAUAGAUGACAAGAAGAUGAUGACUGAAUUUAUCUCACCACACUGGUUGGAAAAUGAGGAAUUCUCCUGGGUGGCCCAGGGAGGCCUUGAGCCUGAUAAAUAUAUUCUCAGGUUUAUGCAUGGAUUCUUGUAUUACAAUACAGAUCAGAACAUGAGUCUGAUGAAUUUUAUUCGCCUCUUCAAGGACGAGCCAGUAAUUUCAAACAAGAUACAUUACGAGACAUUAAAAGGCCGCCUUCAAAUUCGGGUGGGAGAGUUGGCUGAUGCAUUACUUUCUGAAAGAUUGUUAUUUCGCAAUGGCAGUAGCAAAAAAAUAUCACGAACACAGGAAUUGGACGCAGCAUGGGUGCAGAGAUUGGACAUCUUGGACCAGCCUUCCGAGGGAGCCAGUGAAGACACCGAGUCAUCAAACACACAACAUCGAGAUGUUUACUACAUCUCUGUAUCUCCAGACCGCGAUGAGCGUACAACCAAAUGCCAACAACGCUCAUCAAUCCCUAAGGGUCCAACAGAGCUAUCACGAAAACGAAUUUUCCAAUCAAUAUCCCUUGGUGAUGAUGUGGAUGGAGAGACUAACGCAGCAAAGCGUCGAAGACUUUCGAAAUACGACCAAAAUCAACCUCCCAUCAUAAAAGACAAAGAAAAAGGGGUAGAUGGAGGGCAAAGUGACUCAAACGAGAUAUCUCAACGUGAAAUAGGCAUCGUUCAACGCUAUAGCUCGUAUCAGUUUGGGGGAAAUUCUCAAUUUCUCGAAGAAGGCUUAGCACAUGCGACGGCAACAUCAACUCUCACCACCACGCGCAAUCCUAAGACUGACAACUCCAAUUUGAAUUUGACAGGAUCAAUCAGUGCUCCAGCUAGAGUAAGCGGAGCUAUAAUCGAAUCAGAGCCCAAUCCAGCUUCAAAUUCGCGCAGCGGAUUCCUGUCAACCCACUCAGCAUUUUCCGAUCAUUUAUCCGCACAGUUACAACCAUAUUCCGCAAACGGUAAGCCCCCUCCGCUGUUAACUACACCACUCCAACCCAUAACCCAAAUGGCAGGCGAGCAAGCAUCUGAGGAUGAUCUUCCACUUGCCACUUUCUCAAACGACAAAAACUUCAUUUUUCUGUCGAAGCAAAACUUCGAUUACGAGAAUCCUCUCAAAUUCAAUAUCAAAACCCUUGAGGAUCUUUCGCUAUCAUCCUUUAUUUCGCUUUUUGCUCAAAGGUCGGGUGUCAAUAUGCAUAAAGUUGACGGUUUGAAAUUUACAAUCUUACUAGGCGAUGAUCGACUGGAGACAGUGAUGAAGGGAGAUGAGAGAAAGUGGGAAAAUAUAGUAGAGAUAAUUAGAGAUCUGUGGAAGUAUAGUAAGAUACAAUGGGUUAUCGGUACAAAGUUGAAGAGCAGGGUCUGUAGGAUAUUAACUGAGAGGGUACACACUCGAGCAUUGUGA